AAGGGAGGCAGAAUUUUAAAAGUGUCAUGGCUUUUGGAAUCGAGAAGUUUGGAACGACUUCGAUAAAAGAAAGCAAGCCUCGGGAAGCGGAGGAAGUGGCCCUCCUUUCGUUUGGGGAGGCAGGGCAUUCUGCAAUGUUCCAAAUUUCAGAAGAUCGAAUGCCAGGUCAAUGAGAGAGGCCACCAACACUCAACGAGAAUACAAGGAAGCACGGGAGCUCCUUCUCCAUCUCUGCCGGAGCUGCGAACCCGGGGAAGAUUUUUCCCUCUCAUGGGGCGGUCAGUCAAGGGAACGAGAGAACUUAAAGCCAUACGACGCUUGAUGGAGCACGAAACCCGAUGGAGAGGCUGUCGUUUAGGUUACUGUGAGAAGGUGGUAACGGAACGGAGACCGAGGCAGCACGUUAUCUUCUCGGAGAGGUGGCACGCAGACGGGCAACAGAGAGAAAAAGUGAGAGCAUUCAAAGAGUGUUAAAUAUUUUGGAGACAAGGGGGAGCAGGACAGAGUAUGAUUGGGCAGAAUUUCUCUAGCAUUCUGCCCGCCUGUUUCUAUUUUCUUAAUCAGCAGCUCCCUUCUUCUUUUCCAGGCAUGUACGUACUGUCCUCGUUCUUUCCUACAGGCUCCACAAAUUCCAACACCCCGGCGGCGCACCUCCGAGCCCAUUCGCUCGUUGUCGUUCUCCCACGUGUUGUGAUGUCAGCUCCAUUGUUUUUGUUCGUCAGCCGAACUCAGAGUUGUGCUACGAUCGAUAGACUAGCGCCCGCCAUCGCGGAUUCUCUUCCACAUGAAGCUUUGGAUAAGAAACCUUUAAGAAGUCUCGUUCCAAAGACUCGAUGACAACGAGCUGAAAUUUGGUGUGUGUUUGAUUUAUAAUUCAGCCUCGUUGUCACAAUACUUAGGCAUUCCACGAAAGUACUAUGCCCCAUCCUCAACGGGAAAAGGCUUGGGUUUGCGCACAUGAACUCCCAAAAUUAACGACCAAGAUAUUAUCCAGGCGUGAAGGUAAACCUUGUCGUUCAACACUCCCAAUAGUUCAGCAAACUCCAUGUAGCAUGUGUUGUCGACUCUACCAGGAGUAGAAAGAGUAUCAACUUUUCCUCGAAAGACUAUGAAGUACGAUAAGACACUAGAUACUUGUCCCUAACGUCCUCAGCUUUUUCACCAUCAAUCGACUACAUGUUAUUUUUGUCAUUGCUGCAAAUAUAGAUAUGAGAAAACUUUCUCAGAA